CUUUUGAUUGACAAAAACCACACCUCACUUUUUGUUUAUUUUGUCAAAAAUUCGUUUAUAAAUAUCAAAAUUAAAUUAUUAUUAUUCAAUAAAAUUAUAAAUAAAACUAUCGUUCAGUAUUCACCUACAUGUAUAAAAAACACGACAUGGCAGGUACUAGAUCCAUAACGGGCACCCCGAGUGUUUAUUCCCAUGUAACUACAAGGAGCAGUGCUAAUUUGAGGAGUAGCCGAAGUUUGAAAUCCUUAAAAAUCCCUUGGUACCGAAAACCCAUAGUGCAGGAUGCCGUUUUUCUCGAUAUACAACGAGCCUCGAUGAUAACUGCGAUUUUUUCGUUGUUGCUCUCAAUUUUCACAAUAAUAACAGGCCUAUUUGACUUAUACUGUUAUGGGAUGGCAGCCCCAGGAAGCACACAUUAUGGCUAUUAUGUGAUAUCUUAUGAGUUUGUGUAUGUGGGUUCGAGACAUGUGAGGAAUACUUUGGUGAUGUUUGCAGUAUUCUCAAUACUAUUAGCCAUAGGAGUUUUUGUUACCAGUAUCAUGUUGAUUAUUGCAUUACGCAAGGAAUAUGAAAAGAAAAUGCUUCCCUGGAUUUAUGCCUUUGCCAUAUUUGCAAUGUUCAGAUUUUUAGCAUUUUUAUUUUUCUCCAUAGUCAACGACAUGAUUUUCGCUUACAAUAUUUUAAUGUGCCUUUUAUGGACAUUUUUUAUGAUUUGCUCACUUUACGGAUGGGUUUUGGUGUAUUCCUUAUACAUUGAAUUGACUGAUUUGACUAAGUUGGAAGAUUUGGCUCAUUUAAGGAUGGGCACCAUGCAAUCCCUCAACGCCUCCACAGCCGCGUCUCUAGCGGGCUCCCGGCCUACGACGCCCCACAGCACAGUCUCGACGAUGCCAGUCGGAUCAGUUUGACCACGAAAUCAACAGUGACUCCAUCUACUGCCCCCAUAGCCUUGGGAGAAGGCCCCAGUCAAUCUUUUUUGCCUAGCAGUGUCAGUAAAUAUACUAUGUCGAGUUUGAGUGGGGCACAACAAUCUUUAGAAUCUCACGGGGCUUCUGAUAGAUCUGAUUCAGUGGAGAAGACCAAGUUUUAAGUUUUAUUUAGGUGUUGAGCGUGUGAGCACAAAGAAAAAUGCUUUUUUUUGGCGCACAAUAAACUUAUUUAGCUGUUCAUUAGUAUUUAAGUACAGAAAAGACUGCUUUUGAUAAAAUGCUAGCUUGAAAAGUGCCUUUUUGAACCAUCAUAUUGGUUAGAUAGGUAGCUAUUUUAUAAGGAUUGGGGCUCAUGAGUGCAUUUAAUAAGAGUUAUUUUUAAAUUGACAGCUACAAAUUAAUUUUAUAUAAUUUUUUGUACAUUUGUUUGUAUUGUACUUAUGUUUAAGCUUUUUUUAUAUUAUUGUUGAACCUAUAAAGUGAUCUGAUUUUUAUGACAAUUCCGUCCCAAAGUUUUUGUAUCGUUAAUAUACAAAAAUAUACCAUUUAAAAUUUA